AUGGAUCAAGCUUCGUCUUCGUCAAGUAUUGAGGAAAACACGAAAUCUUCCACUGAUCCUGUGAGCGUCGAUGAUAACGAGGAGAGAGAAGCUAUAGAGAUUGCUCUCUUCCAAGUGCCUGAAUGCUAUGUUUAUUUGAUACCUCCAAGGAAAAGCGCAGCUUCCUACAGAGCAGAUGAGUGGGACGUGAACAAAUGGGCAUGGGAAGGAGCACUGAAAGUGGUGAGCAAAGGAGAAGAGUGCAUUAUUAAACUUGUAGAUAAAACCACAGGGGAACUUUAUGCUCAGGCUUUUCUGCGAGACGGUGAACCUCAUCCAGUAGAAGCCGUAAUCGACAGUAGCAGAUAUUUUGUUCUCCGUGUUGAAGAAAAGAUAGGUGGUCGUGUGCGGCAUGCUUUUCUUGGACUCGGAUUCCGGGAAAGAACUGAGGCAUAUGAUUUCCAAGCAGCACUACAUGAUCAUAUGAAGUACUUGAAUAAGAAGAAAACAGCGGAAGAAAUGGAACAGCACUAUCAGAACACCUCGUCAGUCGAUUACAGCUUAAAGGAAGGGGAAACCAUUGUUCUCCAACUCAAAAAUAGAAGCGACAAAGACACAAAGUCGAAAGUGGUAGAGAAGACUCUGGGCAAUCUCUCUUUGGAGGAUAAGGGCAAGUCGAUAGAAGGACUUGUUCCUUCAAUCAUCCCGCCACCUCCACCUCCUGGACCACUUUCUCCUGUCACAACCGCUCAGAAGUCCCCAUCAAGUCUGCCACCAAGCCUCAGCCUCCAAGGAUCGCCUGAGCAACAAAAAGUAGAUACAAAGCCAGAAGUAGAGAAGAAAGCAGACCAAGAAGCCACAGACGUUGAAGAUGCACCAGAUGAUGACUUUGGAGAUUUCCAAGCUGCGGGUUAA